AUGUCAUCACGAAUUCCCGACCGGACGGGUUCGAAGCGAAGUCGGUCUCGGUCUCCAUCCUCGCGUCAUCCCCAGAAGGCCCCGCGCAGAUACGACGACACGGAUAGAUAUCAUGACAGAAGAGACGGAGAUGAACAGUCGCAUUACCGGCCCCGGAAUAUGAAAGACCAGCUCCGGCUCAACCAACUUCAGGAAGACGAGCAAGUACGUGAGUGGGUGGCUCAGGAGGACAUCUUUGUCCUCAAGCAAGCGAAGAAGAAGGCCGAAAUCCGGGUGAAGGAGGGUCGGGCAAAGCCCAUCGACUGGCUUACUGUCACAUUACGGGUUAUUGACCCGACAAGGAACCCCCUUGACGAUGAGAUCGCGGACUCGGAGCUCGACUUGGUGGACCCGGAUGGCGUGUUCGAGGGACUAUCCCAGACACAGCUCCUCGACUUAGAGAAGGACAUCGAUACGUUCUUGAGUCUUGAGAGAAAUUCGCAAAAUAGGGACUUUUGGAAGACCAUGAAAGUGAUUUGUCGAGAUCGUCAGAAACUCACUGCCCCCGAAGGCCGUGCUCUCAGCUCUGUCGCUACUGAUAUUAACCGGCUGUUGAGUCCUAAAACCUACGAGCAACUCCAGGCCCUUGAGAUUCAGGUUAGGAAUAAGUUGGACUCCAACGAGCCCAUCGAUACAGAUUAUUGGGAAGAGCUUCUGCGUAGCCUUACCGUCUGGAAGGCCCGUGCAAAGCUUAAGAAGGUCUACCAAGCUGUCAUAGAUGAGAGGGUUCGCGGACUGCGCCAACAGCAAUGCGACGAAGCUGCAUCUGUCCGGGCGAAGCUGGCCCCUUUGGCGCCAGACAUUCAAGCGAUCCCCGAUGAUGGAGAGUCGGCUGAUGGUGGCGAAUAUCGUGGACUCGACCCCGAUCCAUUGCUUCAAAUCCGACCAGAAGAUAAGGUCCUAGAGAUAGUGGACGAAACCGCAUUCCUUAAUCAAGUUGCUCGUGAGCGCCAGAAGAUCCUGAAGAUGGGGUUCGUUCCUCUCCGCCAGCGACAGGCUGAAAAGCCAUCGGUGGUUACCACAAAUCAAGCCACGAACGCCCCCAUUGCUACUGCAUCGACUCGCUUCUCCUUGAUUCCCAACGAAGACUUCUCGCAAGCAACUAAGGCGCUCUAUGAGCGAGAGUUGGCCAAGGGAGUGAAUGAAAACGAAGAGAUCUUCACCGGCGAGGAGUCCGUGAGCACGGGUUCCCAGCCACAGUGGGCGAGCAAAUACCGACCCCGCAAACCACGGUACUUUAACCGUGUCCAAAUGGGCUACGAGUGGAACAAAUACAACCAGACCCAUUAUGAUCACGAUAACCCGCCUCCCAAAGUUGUACAGGGUUACAAGUUCAACAUCUUUUAUCCCGACCUGAUUGACGAAGCGAAAGCGCCAACCUACCGCAUAGAACGAGAGCAUGGGCGGAAGCGUGGUCAAUCUUUCGCAGCAGCCGGUGAAGAGGAUACUUGCUUGAUUCGCUUCAUGGCUGGACCCCCCUACGAAGACAUCGCAUUUCGGAUUGUCGACAAGGAAUGGGACUACAGUGCAAAGAGAGAACGAGGCUUCAAGAGUACCUUUGACAAAGGAAUCCUGCAACUACACUUUCAGUUCAAGCGAAUUUACUACCGGAAGUAA